AUGACAAUUGAUAAAUUAAAGAAAUCAAUUAAAUUUAAUAUUGAUAGAGGUGGUACAUUCACAGAUAUUUAUGCAGAAUUUCCUUAUGAACCAUAUUAUAUUGUCGAGAAAUUAUUAUCAGUGGAUCCAGAGAAUUACUCUGAUGCACCACGUGAAGGUAUUAGAAGAAUAUUGGAACGUAUUCAAGGUAAAUCCAUAUCAAAAGAAAAUGUUGAUACCUAUGCAAUUAAAUCAAUUCGUAUGGGUACAACUGUUGGAACCAAUGCUUUGUUAGAGAGAAAAGGUGAAAAGGUACUAUUGGUAACAUCAAAAGGUUUUAGAGAUCUCUUACAAAUUGGUAAUCAAUCAAGACCAAAAAUAUUUGAAUUAAAUAUUACAAAACCAGAACUUAUCUAUAAUUCUGUGGUUGAACUUGAUGAAAGAGUUCAAAUUGUUACAAAUGAUCAAGUUUUAAAUGAUAUCAAAUUAGAGUCUCCAAAUUCUUUAAAAAAAGGUACAACUGGUGAUUAUAUUAAAGUUUUAGAAAUUCCAAAUAGAGAUAAAAUUAAAUCUGAAUUAUUGAAAUAUUUUGUUAAAGGUAUAAAAUCAAUUGCAGUUGUAUUUAUUCAUUCAUAUACAUUUCAUGAUCAUGAAUUAUUAGUUGGUGAAAUUGCAAAAGAGAUUGGAUUUGAGCAUAUUUCAUUAUCACAUCAAUUAAUGCCAAUGAUUAAAGCAGUACCAAGAGGUUUAACAAGUUGUGUAGAUGCAUAUUUGACACCAUUAAUUGAAUUGUAUAUUAAAAACUUUACAAAAGGAUUCGAUAGUAAUAUUGGUGAUGUUGAUAUUUCAUUUAUGAUGAGUGAUGGUGGUUUAUGUCCAGUUGAUUCAUUUAGAGGUUUUAGAUCAAUUUUAUCAGGUCCAGCUGGUGGUGUAGUUGGUUAUUCAAAAACUACUUCAACUGUAAUUGAAUCACAUAAAAACAACAAUGGCAAUAAUGAAAUUAAACAACAACCAAUAAUUGGAUUUGAUAUGGGUGGUACAUCAACAGAUGUUAGUAGAUAUAAUGGAACAUUGGAUCAUGUUUUUGAAACUGAAAUAUCAGGAUUAACAAUUCAAGCACCACAAUUAGAUAUUCAUACAGUUGCGGCAGGUGGUGGUAGUAGAUUAUUCUUUAAGAGUGGUUUAUUUUUAGUUGGUCCUGAAUCAGUUGGUGCACAUCCUGGUCCGGUUUGUUAUAAAAAGAAUGGUCAAUUGGCUAUUACUGAUGCAAAUUUAUUAUUGGGUAGAUUAUUACCAGAAUACUUCCCACCCAUUUUUGGUCCAAAUCAAAAUGAACCAUUGGAUUUAGAGGCAACCAAAAAGGCAUUUAAAGAGUUGACCGAUGAAAUCAAUCAAUUUCAACAAAACAAUAAUUUACCACUAAUGACAGAGGAUCAAGUUGCUUUUGGUUUCAUUAGAGUUGCAAAUGAAGCAAUGUGUAGACCCAUUAGAAACAUUACAGAGGCAAAAGGAUUCGAUUGUUCUCAGCAUGUUCUUGCAUGUUUUGGUGGUGCAGGCGGCCAACAUUCAUGCAGUAUCGCUCAAAAUUUAGGUAUGCCAAAAGUUUUCAUUCAUAGAUUCUCUGGAAUUUUAAGUGCCUAUGGUUUAGGUUUGGCCGAUUUGGUUAUUGAUACUCAAGAACCAUGUUCCUUAAUCUAUAAUAAAGAGAAUAAAUCAACCUUUGAAAAACAAUUAAACCAAUUGAAAGAAAAUGCAAAACAACAACUCUUGAAUAAAGGUUUCCCUGAAGAGGAAAUAUUUUGUGAAGGUUUUCUAAAUUUAAGAUUCUCUGGUACUGAUACAGCAAUGAUGAUUAAAACACCCGAUAAUCAUGACUAUGAAGCUGAAUUUAAAAGCAACUAUAAGAGAGAAUUUGGUUUCCUUAUUUUAGGUCGUGACUUAUUAAUUGAUGAUAUUAGAGUUAGAGUACACGCACGUGGCUCCGAUUUAAAUUCUCUUAGAAUCAAUGAUUCAACUGGUGAACCAUUAAAACCUGAAACCAUUCAAAAAUGUUAUUUUGAAUCUGUUGGUAGAAUUGAUACACCAAUUUAUCUUUUAAAGUCAUUGUGUGGUGGUGAUUCAAUCGAUGGUCCAGCUAUCAUUAUUGAUAAUACAACUACAAUCGUGGUUGAACCAAAUUGUAAAGCAAAUAUUUUAAAACCAUCAGGUAACAUUGAAAUUCUAAUUGGUGGUGGUAAAAGUAAAACAGUUACCACAGAAUUAGACCCAAUUAUGUUAUCUGUAUUCUCUCAUCGUUUUAUGAGUAUUGCUGAACAAAUGGGUAAAAUAAUCAUUCGUACCUCAAUCUCUACAAACAUUAAAGAACGUUUAGAUUUUAGUUGUGCUUUAUUUAGUCCUGAUGGUGGUUUAGUUGCAAAUGCUCCAGCAAUUCCAAUUCAUGUAGGUAGUAUGCAAAAUGCUGUUAAAUAUCAAGUUGAAACUUUAGGUUCCAAUUGGAAAGAGGGUGAAGUAGUUUUAUCAAACCAUCCACAAGCUGGUGGUAGUCAUUUACCAGAUUUAACGGUAAUGACACCAGUUUAUCAUAAAGGUGAAAUUGUAUUUUUCGUUGCAUCUCGUGGACAUCAUGCAGAUAUUGGUGGAAUUACUCCAGGUUCAAUGCCACCCUUUUCAAAGAGUAUCUCUGAAGAGGGUGCAGCAAUCAUGUCAUUAAAGAUUGUAAAGGAUGGUCAUUUCCAAGAAGAGGCAGUUAGAAAAACAUUUGAAAAAUCACGUAAUCUCUCUGAUAAUAUCAGUGAUUUGAAAGCACAAAUCGCUGCAAAUCAUAAAGGUAUUCAAUUGAUGCAAGAGCUAAUCAAUCAUUAUGGUUUGGAUGUUGUUCAUGCCUAUAUGUAUCAUAUUCAAAAGAAUGCUGAAUUAGCUGUUAGAGAUAUGUUAUAUGAUAUUUCAAUUUCAAAUAAUUUAAAACCACUCGAUACACUUAUUUCCACCGAUUAUAUGGAUGAUGGUUCAAAGAUUGAAUUAAAGUUAACCAUUGAUCGUGAGAAAAAGUCUGCAAUUUUCGAUUGGAGUGGAUCAGGUGUUGAAGUAUAUGGCAAUACAAAUGCACCAACGUCAAUUACACUAUCUGCUACCAUCUAUAGUCUCAGAGCAAUGGUAAAGAGUGAAAUACCAUUAAAUCAAGGUUGUUUAGCUCCAAUUUUAACCGUAAUCCCACCAGGCUCAAUUUUAAAUCCAUCAUUUGAUUCUGCUGUCGUAGGAGGUAAUGUUUUAACAAGUCAACGUUUAACCGAUGUUAUUUUAUCUGCAUUUGGUGCUUGUGCCAAUAGUCAAGGCUGUAUGAAUAAUUUAACUUUUGGUGAUGAAACAUUGGGUUACUAUGAAACUAUUGCUGGUGGUACAGGUGCUGGUCCAAAUUUUAAUGGUUUCACUGCUGUUCAAUCUCAUAUGACCAAUACAAGAAUCACUGAUGUUGAAAUUAUGGAAAAACGUUAUCCAGUAAUCGUUAAAGAAUUUAGUGUUAGAUAUGGUUCAGGUGGUGAUGGUAAAUUUAAAGGUGGUGAUGGUGUAGUCAGAGAAAUUCAAUUCUUAAAAAAUUUCACAGUAAGUAUCCUAUCAGAACGUCGUUCAUUACAACCACGUGGACUAAUGGGUGGUGAAAAUGCUGAAAGAGGUUUAAAUUUAGUUUUAAAAAAUAAUGGAAAAUAUAUUAAUAUUGGUAGUAAAAACUCAAUCAACAUUGAAAGAAAUGAAUCAAUUAUAAUUUUUACUCCAGGUGGAGGUGGUUUUGGUCAAAAAGAUUCAAUGAUAACUGAUAAUUAA